UGUAAACGGCGAAAGGAAAGCGGGUUUUUCUUUUUUUUUCGCCGUCAAUUACAAGGGAAGAUCUCUCGAUCGGACGAACCAUGUCCAAGCCAAGCGGAGAGAAACAGAUUGAACGAAGACCAUGGCAGAAAGCAGAGUUCAAGUUUGGCGAACGGCACGGACAGUCAUCCCGUCUGCGGCUCGGCGGAGAAGCGGAGUCACCACUGGAGAAGUUACAAGUUAAUCAUCGACCCUGCGCUGAAGAAGGGCUCGCAUAAACUCUAUCGCUAACGACGGACAAGUCUUCAGCGUGCCCAACCCGGGAUACCACCGGUGGACAUUGUUCGAGACCCGAGGAUUGGCCGUCUGUGGACUAAAUACAAAGAGACAGACCUGCCUGUGCCCAAAUUUAAGAUUGAUGAGUGUUACGUUGGCCCUGUGCCUCCUAAGGAGGUGACAUUUGCUAGGCUGAACGACAACAUCAGGGAAGGCUUUCUUACUGACAUGUGCAAAAAGUUCGGAGACAUCGAGGAGGUUGAGAUCCUGUACAAUCCGAGGAACAAGAAGCACCUGGGGAUUGCCAAAGUUGUUUUUGAGACUGUGAAAUCCGCCAAGCUGGCUGUACAGUCGCUUCACAACACGUCCGUCAUGGGCAACAUCAUCCACGUGGAGCUGGAUCCAAAAGGUGAAAAUCGCCUGAGGUACUUCCAGCUCCUGAUGAAUGGCAGUUACACUCCGAGGACCCUGCCGGUCGGAGGAGAGGACGUCAGAGAGGUUUCCCCUCGUAGCCUGGCCGAAGUCUUUCUGGCCUGCGAGCCCAUCCGAAGGUUGUCCGAGAGCAGCAUGUCUGCCAUAACGGGAGCAUUACCACCCAGCAGCUCCACUACCCCACUGUCCCUGGAGACAGGUUACUCCAGCCUACGGCAGGACACGCCCCAGUCCCAAGGAACCCCUCAUACCCCGCGGCAGAUAGGAACACCGUUCUCUCAAGACUCAACUUACUCCAGUCGGCAGUCCACGCCUGCAUACCAGUCCACCCGGCCAGAGAGCUCUGGAGGUUACAAGUCCCGCAGACACGAGAGCAAGUUCCAGGAUGCUUACAACCGCAGACCGGAGAGGCCUCAGUACCGCAGCAACAUGUAUCAGAGUACAGCUUCUGAACCCACUCCUUUCAAACAGCAGCAACUUACCCCGCCUGAACCUCCACCUUCUACCCCCAGCUUCACCUACACAGCACCUCCCCCUGCUACACCCAACUUCAAAUCAGCCUUCUCGCCUUACCAGGCACCUUUGCCCCCUGCUUUCCCACCUACAGAGCCAGCUUUCCAUCACCCUGGUCAAAGGGAGGGCGAGUACCUUCGACCACCACAGCCACCUCUGUCAGCUGCCACUGACUUUAUACCAAUUAAAGAGGGACCAGAAACUCCACCAAUCCCUGAGCCCCCUCCAGAGCCUUUGCCCCAACCAGCGACCCCUCCUCCUCAAACGCCAGAGCACUGCCCCUCACCUGGCUCCCCUACGUUGGACUUGGAGCGUAAUAGCCUGGAUUCUCGUAUCGAGAUGCUCCUCAAGGAGAAAAGGACAAAGCUACUGCCUUUUCUGGCUGAGCGAGACUCAGACACUGAGGUACGAAUGGAGGGAAGUCCGAUUUCCUCCUCAUCAUCUCAGCUAUCCCCAGUCCCCCCUUAUACAGGUGGGUCACAAGGUGGCCAGCAAAAUUUUCGUCCCACCAGCACAGGCUUGGAAGAUAUCAGUCCAACCCCGCUUCCAGACUCCGACGAUGAAGAGACAAUUCCUGGAACUGCAUACCUGCUUAAGAGAGUAAGCUCUCCUGUGCAUGAGAAUAAGAGCAAUAGUGACUUCAGAGAUGGUCUUGGUCACAGUCACAGUCCCACAGAGAAAAUGGACACGGCUCAUAAUUCUCUGGAGAAGACAUGGAAAAUCUCUGAUGAUGAGAUGCCUGGGACCCCAAUUGCAAGUGGAGAAUGUGGAAAAGGGUUGUUGUGUAACUCUGCAGUGUCCUCCCAUGCCACAACCAUUCCCAUUCCUCUACGCUUCCACCCUCUCCCACAUCAGCCCAGUUUCCCAAUCCCACAUCCUCACCUGCACCACACCUCACGUAGUCAUCCCGUACCUCACCACAGGCUGCCACACAUGGUCCCUACCCUGCUCGCGUUGUGCACUGAUGCACAUGGACCUGAUGAACGCUUUCAACAGUGGGUCAGCAUUCACAUGUCCUUCCAGAUGCAAACACAGAUGCUGAGUUCGCAUGGCGCAAACUGGAGGGCCCUAUACUUACCUAAUUUCAUGUAUAGUGGUGCUUCUGGGCCAUUUGGGGGACCCUAUGCUCCUCUUUCUAUGGGUACUAUGCCAUCUGCUGCUGCAGGGGCACCUGGUCAACAAUGGCCGCAUCCCAUCGUGCCAGAGUUCAACCCUGCUGUUCCUCCUCCUGGAUAGGAUGGCAAAAAGGAGGAUCCCCACAAGGCCACUGUUGAUGUGUUCUGCUGGUGAUUGGUCAAGGAGCUGAAAUCCAUCAUGAAGAAGGACCUCAAACCGGAAAAUGGUGAGGUGGUGGCUUUUAGGGCCUUUGAUGAGUGGUGGGAUAAGAAGGAACGCUCUGCGAAGGCAUCUCUGACUCCAGUGAAAGGUGUUGAUGGGAAAGAAGAAGAGAGACCCAAACCCAAAGAGAUGAUGGGCUCAAGUCUGCUGGAGAAUUGGAACAAGGGUGAGGGGCUGGGCUAUGAGGGCAUGGGCUUGGGAAUUGGUCUGCGAGGAGCCAUCCGUUUGCCCUCAUUCAAGGUUAAAAGAAAGGACCCGCCUGACCCCACAGCAGCCGGAGACAUCAAACGAAUUCGGCCGUCCACUCCAGUUGAUGAUGAGUUGGAAGAUGACGACCGGGAUCGAGACCAAGCUGAACUCCCUUCGGAAGAUUCCAAAACGGACGGUGAUGGUGUGUCAGCAAAGCGGAGACACUCACGACCACUGGAACUGGACAGCGAGGGAGAGGAAGAGGAGGAGGAGGAAGAGGUGGAGACUUCUGAAAAGGAGUCACUAUCUGACAGGGAGGAGGAACCUGAUAAAGGAGAGGCUGCAGAGAGGUUAUCAUUAGGCAAACAGAGCACACAGGAAGAGGGUGAUGAAGAUGAGGGCGGUUCAUCAAGCGAAAGUGCUUCAUCUGAUUCGUCUGAUGACGAAGCUGCGAGCUCGUCUUCCUCCCAGGCCAGUUCAGACUCCUCAACAGAAAGUGAAGCCUCCUCUGAAUAUGAAUUAAGUUCAGAAGAGGAGGAAGAAGAAGUGGAGACUGAGGGUGUAGAAGAUGCGAGCAAAGCAGUUGAGACUUCGUCUUCAUCGUCAUCGUCUUCUUCAUCUUCUGAUGAAGAUGAGACAGAGACAGAGACCAAGUCACCAAGUCCUCCUGCAGUGUGUGUUUCAGAAGAGAAAGGGGAGUGGAGGACCAAGGAGGAACUCGGGAGCAAACCCAGACCUCCGAGCCCCAAGGAGGGCGGUUUAGACACCGGGCACAGCAGCCUGGAGGACCUUAAUCCACCAUCACCAAAAGGCAUCCCAGUCAAAGAGCCAGACGCCAGUGUAGAUGCCAAAAUUCCUGCAGUAAAGACCGAGCUUCAGGAGCAUGUAGCACACGUUAGGCCACCCACUCCAACGGGGGCCCUUCACCAGUCUAAACAUGUCACACACGGCAAAGGUAAAGCAGAGCCUGAGCAAGUACUGCCCUCCACUGGCCGAUUAGUCCCAUCCCACUUAGAUUCAAGCACACUUUUCCCUAAAUCCAGCUCUGCACCUUUCAUGCACCUUCCUCUUCCUCCUCACCCAGCUGUAGAGGCUCAUUCUCUCCUACAUCCACCCACUGGUCCUCUUGCUGACCUCCCCCAGCGACCCAGAUUCCCCACAGAUGAAGAUAUCCCCCGUACACCAGGCAGGGACCUGAUGGAACGGGCCCGUAGCCUAGGAAAGUCCCAGAGCACAGACACAAUCCCCAUUACACCUGGAAGUGAUGCCCCGCUCACAGGCAGCAGCCUUUUACUUUGUUCUCCUCAUAUCCCAGGAAGCCCCUUUUUCCUACCCUGCCCAAUCUCCUGUCUGAGUGCCGAUCCCCGCACACCUGGCAGAGAUCUGAUGUUUACUCCUGUGUUCCCUGACCCCACAGCACUGACUCUGAAUAGGAAAAUAUCCUCAGAGAGCAUGGACGACCGGCCAGUUUUUAAGGAGCCUCCCGUUGGUUCUCUACCUUGUCAGGCCCAAUCAGCUGGCACAGGGAGCUCCACUGGUGUCUCUGAAAUGCUGCCCAGUGCGCUCACUGGAGAUGCCACUGUAACAUCUGACACUGCCCCAGCAAAGAAGAAACCUGGACGGCCCAAAACUAAAAAGGCCUCAGCUGACUUCACACACGAGGAAUCUUUGGAGCCCACAUGUAUGCCCACCGCUCUGCCUCAUGAUGCCCAUGUCACAGAGCUAUCGGACGACCUUACAUCUGUCAAGUCCCCUGACCGCUCGAGCCUGGACUUCCGGGAAAGAGAGGUGGAGCCGCAGACAAUUCUGCCCAAGGAUGGCUACUUAUCCUACAAGGAAGAGUCACCGGUGCCCAUUAAGCCUACUCGGAGGACGAGGCGAGGUUGGGAGGAGCUGCUGUUGGGCAGCUUGUCCCCGGUCACUACUCCUCCUCAGCCAUACUUCAGACGCCGCUCUGACUUUCAGGAAAUGACUAUCCUGUAUGACAUCUGGAAUGAAGGCAUAGAUGAGGAAGACAUACGUCUUCUGCAGAUAACCUAUGAUAAGAUGCUCCAACAGGACAACGGUAACGACUGGCUCAACGACACGCUAUGGGUCAACCAUCCUCCUACCAAUAUUCCCGGAGUGAAGCGAAAGCGGAGAGAUGACGGAAUGAGGGAUCACACCACUGGCUGCGCACGAAGUGAAGGAUACUACAAGAUCGACAAAAAGGACAAGAUCAAAUAUCUUCAGAAGCGGCUGCAGUCAGAGGAGCCGCCGGUCGACACACAGGUAUGAGUAUUCCCCGCACAAGUACAAGCCUCUACCAGAGCGGGCUCGGAGCGGCGGUCCGAACAGCGCCGUUUGUUGUCCUCUUUCGCGUGUGACAGCGACCUACUGAAGUUUAACCAGCUGAAGUUCCGUAAAAAGAAGAUCAGAUUCUGCAAGUCGCAUAUCCAUGAUUGGGGUCUGUUUGCUUUGGAGCCCAUCGCUGCUGAUGAAAUGGUGAUUGAGUAUGUGGGGCAGAACAUCCGACAGGUGAUUGCGGACAUGCGGGAACGCUACGAGGAGGAGGGCAUCGGCAGCAGCUACAUGUUCCGCGUCGACCACGACACCAUCAUUGAUGCCACCAAGUGCGGCAACUUUGCCCGCUUCAUCAACCAUAGCUGCAAUGCCAACUGUUACGCAAAAGUCAUCACAGUGGAAUCCCAAAAGAAGAUCGUGAUCUACUCGCGGCAACCCAUCAAUGUUAACGACGAGAUCACAUGUUACAAGUUCCCCAUCGAGGACGAGAAGAUCCCCUGUUUGUGCGGAGCAGAGAACUGCCGGGGAACGCUCAAUUGAAGCCCAACAGAAAUCAGUACAGCUCUCUUCCGACAGUUUAUGAUUUAUGGUGCUCUUUGAAAUGUCCUUUUUUUUGGGCACAUGGUGUGGGGGGACACACACAGAAAACUACAAACAGUGGCGCAGCUCUUCCUUCUCUCAAGUCGCAGUGUUUCAGCGGUUUGUUUCAUAAGCUUUUACCACACGUGGUACUCAACACAGAAUCACAUGUCUGGUGGGAACACGCCUCUCCGUGGCAGCAAACCGGUUUUAAUGCCGGAGCGGACGGAUAACGGUACGUCAAGAACUCGGACUGAAAGCUCUACCUCGUGUGUGCCAGUUUCCUUCUGAAAAAUAAGCAGUAAAAACUGUAAAAAUCCUGGAAUAUUCGGACACCAUGCCCGUUUUCAUGGCUCGUGCUACUUCCUCUUGAGUUUAUGCAGAUUUCUUCAUCACUAUUGCAGAAAUUGUAUUAACGGUAUUCCAGCAAUCCGACUUUGAUAUAGCUCUCUUGUAUUUUUUUUUUCUUUCAAGCAUAGUUUCUUUCCACACUUAGCUUUCACACAAGCUUCCGAUUACUACUACACUGCCCCCCUAUAGGCUACAGCACAGAAGGCCGAUCAGUCCUGCAGAGCGAGAUAGUGAAGCCAGACAGUGUCUGAAAACGUGUUAUAUUGACAGUUUUGAGCUUGAAAAAAAGAAUGAUUUCCCCUUUGAACGUGCCAUAUUAAUGUUGUUUAAUUCAGCAGAUAGGUGUUUGUUUUAAGAGCUGUUAGCAUGCAUGCACAGGGAAUUGCUGCCUAUUUCCAUUCAUCCAUAGUAUGUAUGGGUGACGGUCUGAUAUUUGUGUUCUCAGUGCUCAUAUGUGCUCCUCUGCAACGCCCCUCAGUGUUUGCGAGAUGCCCCAGCAGAUGUCCUCAUCUCACUUCACAAAGACAAAGGCUGGUCUUGACAAAAAAAAUAAAAAUAAAAUAAUAAUAAUAAUAAUAAUUGAAUGCACUAUUAGACUUGCACUUCUGUUUUGUGCCCUCGUUAGCCAAUUGGUUUCUUCACAAGACCAAGUCAGUCACUGCUUUUCAUUCAGAUGGAUUUUGGACUCCCCCCCCCCCCCCCCCCCCCCCCGUAAGUGAUGUUUAUACUGUAUAUUACAUGUACAUAAGAGCUAAAGAUUUUUUUCCCUCCAUAGGGGUUUUAAAAUGCAUCUUUUUUAAAGAAAAAAAAAAAAAAAAAUCUAUUAAAAAUAUUUUCAGGGAUCUGUAAAAUGAUCAGAGAGAUUAAAGGUUGUUUAUUUAAAGAAGAAAGGUCCACUGUGUACAGCAGAAGUCUCAGCCUCCCUUUGCAAGAUUGUUUUCUUGUAGAAACGUCUUCAUUUUCUGCCCAUUUGCUUUAUAAUCCUAAAAUGUGUAAAUAUUCAAACUGUGAAUACUAUAUAAUAUAUAUAUUUUGUUCCUGGGAUUUGCUACAUAAGUACAGCUCAGGUGUGUGUGUGUGUGUGUGUGUGUGGUGUGUGUGUGUGUGUGUGUGUGUGGUGUGUGUGUGGUGUGUGUGUGUGUGUGUGUGUGUUGUGUGUGUGUGUGUGUGUGUGUGUGUGUGUGUGUGUGUGUGUGAGAGACAGAUAACUUGAGGUGAGCGUUGAGCUGGUAGCAUGAGAUUCAGCUUGUGUCAAGCUUUUGUUGUUUUUUAUUUUCUGUUGUAAAUUCUAUGAAACGUUUUGCAGUGUGGAGAAAUACAAAAACAAAAAAGGUGCAGAAUUGGCAUGGGAGAAGGACUGAAGCGUCAGCCUGUUUUCUCGUGUCUAUUUAUUACACAGCAAAUGUAAGAAAAAAGACAAUAAAGCAGUUUUGCAUACAGUACAUCCAUAA